CAUACACCCAAAAUCAUACUCAACUAAGUCCAACAUGAACAGAUUCCCUCUAGAGCUAGUGGAACGAAUCAGCUCCUUUCUGGACGUGGAUGAUCUUAAGCGGACAUUGUUCGUAUCACGGCUCUUCCAGGCUGCCGCCGAGCGAUACUGUGGAGGAUUCGAGUCUUUCAAUUUCGGAAGAUACGAGGAUGACCAUGAGAAAUUUCUUUCAAUUUAUGGCACACGAAGAUUAUCGUACUUGCGUUACGUUGAGAUACACACCCAGUUUCCACCACUGAGCUUUCCAAAAGAAGAUAGCCAGGAAUUGCCCUGUCGAGAGAGUGUGGCUGAACUUCAAGAGAAAGACGACUUAUUCACCGCGCAGGUUAAGCAAGCGUUCCAGACUAUCAAGAAGGCCGAAAUAUCUGCUGAAACUAGGUCACAGGGCCUUGGGAAUGUACAUCUCGUCUUAGUGACUCCGGUUCGCUGGGUGAGCGAGGGGUUUUGUUGGCAUCGUUUAUAUUCUGCGUGGCGCGUACACUUACUAUGCCCCGAAGAACUUCCAGAACUGGCCUCUGUCCGCGAACUUACUGUCUGUAAUCCCUCUAGCCUUCGUCUGCGGAAUAAAAUCAAAGAGUUUGGUGACUGGUGCAGUUUUUCACGACUGGAUCUGAGAGUUGUAGUGGACCUGGCAAGCAAAUGUCCCAAUCUCGAAUGUCUAUUUUCAUCGCUCGGAAAAGAGGAAACAUUGCUCGAGCGAGAAGAGCAAGAGCUAUGCAACAAACACUUCGAACAUGACUACGAAGCUUGUGCUCGAGACUCUAGAUUUCGGUUCAGCGACGCACUAAACAAAGUCAAAUUUCCGUCAACCCUUCGACGAGUACAGAUGGAUUUCUUGUACGACCACAACUUCGCUAGGCUUGAGGAGCAUGGCGGAGGGCCCAACUUGGUCGAACCUGCACCUUGUGAUCUCUUCAGUGCAAGCUUUCAUACUUUUUCACCGAGUCUCCGGCGUUUGAGCCUACGUGCCAAGGUGGACCAAACAUUGUUCACUUCACUGGGGGAUAUGGUCUUUCCCAAUAUGGAGAUUCUUAAUGUAUUCUUCCACCCUACCACGCCAUCAGGAUCCUGGUACUUCAAGGGCUGCAACGGGGAAGGAGAACGUGAUGUAGGAUAUACAGUGACGGACAACAUGCGUCCCCCUUUCGAGGAAAAUCCUACCGACGCACGCUGGCACUUUGACCAACAACAUCAGACUUAUGAGACUGAACGUUUUCGCGUGGCACCAAACGAGGAUAAACUGUACCCAUUGCUCGAAUCCUUCGCCAAAGCAACUACAAAGAUGCAUGCACUCAAAAGAGGGGCGCUCUGGUCGUAUACAGACUAUUUUGCAUGGGGAGUUCAGUAUUUUGGGACCCAUGAAUACCAUGAAUACCAGGGCGAGCAACUUGAUCUUUGGCGCAACGAGGAACGCUGGAUAUGCUGGAUUGUCGGACAAUGGCGGCCCCCGCUUGCCCUCCAAGAACUUUUCGAAGGCAUUGGCCGUGAUAAGUACGGCGAGCAACUACGCGUAUGCUGGAAUGCUUUCCCUUCCAUCGAUCCACGCCCUCCACUUUAUAAAAAGAACUUCAAAACGGAGUUUCGAGGGUUGGACAGGGAUGGAUUUUUAGAUGAAGGAUACAUACCGCACAAACAAUUGCCGGCAGAUAUUCAGCAUCCAAGACUGCCCGAAGCUGAUUAUAUGACAAUAUGUGAGAGACAACAAGCAUUAAAGAGACACAUACCAUCAGAGGAGUGUGCGAAGAAGUGUUGGAUGGAUAAACCCCCCAGGAAGGUUGACAGCGGCGAAACAUGCUUUCCAAACUUGGGAUACAGGAUAGGAAGACGGACAUACUCCGAACGCUCAUGGAUGCCAAUUCCUGGUGAUAUACUAUAGCAUACGGUGUCACCAGUUCGUUGGACUCGCACAACACUAAGAGUAGUUAGGUAUCAAUUCGUAUUCUG